AUGACCACAGAAGCCUCGAGCAAGGCGGCUGUCUUGUGCAAGUGUAUGAACUCGAGAGUGUCGAGCCCGACUGAUGAGUUGGCGCCCGUGCAGCUGAGGUCGACCACCUGGCCAGCCACAAGGCCCUCCGUGCCAAUGGCCUUCGCCAGCUCGCCAACUGCCGCCAGGACACGGUCAGAGGGGACGUCGGUUAUGGCCGUGGCCAUGAACUCGAACGCGGUUAAUGGUGUUGUACCUGCGAGCACGGCCACGUCCUCGCCGUACACCUUGUCGUCAUGGAUCAAGGACAUGGUGUGGAUCAUCUCCAGCGCACAGGCAGCUGGGACGGCGGCGGACACCUGCCCUCCAACCACCUCGCAGGCGGCGAGGCACAGCAUCGGCCGGACCCGCUUCCCGCCGGCCAGGAUACCGCAUCGCCUCGUGGAUCGCCGGCGGGUCCCUGACCGAAACGGCGUCGUCGAGGGCCCUGUUGACAAAAUCGGCCCUCUCCACCACGUAGGCCUUGAAAUUGAAGUGCGGUUUCUCCCCCACGGUGGCGCCGGUUUUCGCGCCAUCCUCGGCGAUUACGGCGGAGACGGUGAGGGCGGAGGCGCGGCGCCGGGAUCUGUAGAAUACGGGAUCGAUUGCGGCGAAGCUGAUUAG